GCUGAGAAUAAGGACUUCCGUCCUUUCUCUUUCUACAGUCUCCAGGUGAGAUCGAUUCCGUCCCUCCUCUUCUACGGUCCCUCCAGGUGGAAUAGGAACUUCCGGUCCCUCUCUUCUACGGUCUCAGGUGAGAAUAGGACUUCCGUCCUCUCUUUCUACGGUCCUCCAGGUGAGAAUAGUGACUUCCCGUCCCUCCUCUUUCUAACGGUCCCCGGUGAGAAUAGGAACUUCGUCCCUCUCUACGGGUCCUCCAGGGUGGAAUUAGGACUUCCGUCCUUCUCUUCAGGUCUCCAGGUGGAAUACGGACUUCCCGUCCUCUCUUCUACGGGGUCCUCAGGUGAGAAAGGACUUCCGUCCCUCUCUUUCUACGGUCCAGGUGAGAAUGGACUUCCGUCCCUCUCUACGGUCCAGGUGAGAAUAGGACUUCGUCCCUCUCGUACGGUCCUCCAGGUUGAGAAUCAGGACUUCCGUCCCUUCUUUCUCCGGUCCCCAGGUUCUCCAGACUACUUGGAGGCAGUGAGCACCUGGAUGGCGGUGCUGCUACCAAAGAUGAGGAGAUGGCUGUAUCCAAAUGGAGGCAACAUUAUCACUGUGCAGGUAGAGAAUGAGUAUGGGAGCUACUAUACGUGUGACUAUAACUACAUGCGGCACCUGCGGACCCUGUUCCAGUUCUUCCUGGGGGAAAACACUGUUCUCUUCACGACCGACGGGAACACGGACCGGGAAAUGACCUGUGGGACCCUGGAGGGAAUGUACGCCACUAUAGACUUUGGGACAGACGUCAACAUAUCCCAAGCUUUUAGUCGGCAGAGGAGAUUUGAACCAAGAGGCCCUCUGGUGAACUCUGAGUUCUACACGGGGUGGCUGGACCACUGGGGGGACCAGCAUGCUCAGGUGGACACCCAGAAGGUCAGCAGGAUGCUGGGGGAGAUGCUCAGCAUGGGGGCCAGCGUCAACAUGUAUAUGUUUGAAGGAGGGACCAACUUCGGCUACUGGAAUGGUUGGUUAAAUAGUAUCAAUAUUUCCUUCUUUAUGUCUCGUAUACCAACCGUUUAA